GCAGCGCCCAUAUCAAAAUAAGCCCACGUGCAAAUUUCUCUUUUUCUUUUGAAAUAUGCCAUUAUCUAGCAAAAUAUUCAGUGGCUUCAGAGCUCUGGGUUUUUGUAGCAAUCAUGUUCCCCUCUGUGUUCGAUAUCAUAGCAAGCACCAGGACAAUUAUGUUGUUACAUGCGUUGGAAAGGCGUUUCACACUUACAAUUGCUCGAAACUCGGGAUUGUUAGUGUCAGUAACAGUCAUCCAGAAGAUAUCAGUUGCCUAGCUACAGAUGCUUUAUUGGUUUUCACUGCCUGUAAAAAUGUUGUCCGGGCCUUUGCAAGGGGAAGACAGGUUGUCCACACCUAUGAAGGUCACGAGAAAGAUGUCCAUCUUCUUCUGCCGUUUGGUAAUCAUCUGAUCUCAGUCGAUGAAGAUAGCUGUUUGAAGAUAUGGGAUAUUAGGUCUGAAGAGCUUUACUUGGAAAUAGCCUUCAAUAACGAAAGUUUUGAGAUUACAUCCGUUGUCCACCCCAGUACCUACUUGAAUAAGAUUGUCAUUGGUAGUCGGCAGGGGUCAAUGCAGCUAUGGAACAUCAAGACAAACAAGCAGAUAUUCACGUUCCCUGGAUGGGGGCAGGCGAUAACAGUCAUGGAACAGGCCCCAGCUAUAGAUGUGAUGGCCAUUGGUUUAGCAGACGGACAAAUCAUCCUUCAUAAUCUUAAGUUUGACGAGACGCUCAUGAAGUUUACGCAAGACUGGGGACCAGUGACGACUAUUGCAUUUAGAACAGAUGGCGAACCAAUCAUGGCAACAGGAAGUGCCCCUGGACACAUUGCAUUGUGGAACCUUGAGAAACGGCGUCUGCUGUGUCAGAUGAGGGAGUCGCACAGUGGCGCCGUCACUGGGAUGAAAUGUCUGCCAUCUGAGCCGCUCAUGGUCACGUCUUCGUCGGAUAAUUCGAUCAAGAUUUGGAUCUUUGACAAACCUGAUGGCGCCGGGCGUCUGCUCAGAGAACGGUCUGGACAUGGUGCGCCCCCAAACAAGAUACGUUUCCAUGGCAACAGCGGAAAAACUAUUCUGAGCGCAGCUCAAGACAGUACCUUGAGAUCCUUUUCAACAGUCCAUGAGAGACUGAACAGGAGUUUAGGCCGAGCUUCUUUCAACAAGGCAAAAUCCAAGAAAACGGGAUUGAAAUUGGACCAGCAUAUGAUGCCUCCCAUUACUGACUUUGCCUCAGAGAUGAGUCGCCAGAGUGACUGGGACUGCAUCAUUGCCACACAUCGCGGAUUACGCGUGUCAACGACGUGGAACUACGACAGAUCAACCAUGGGCAAAUACAAACCGGAACACGACAGGUUUUCACAGUCUAGGGAAUAUAAUAAAGUGGUAGCACGGUGUGUGACGAUAACAUCAUGUGGGAACUUCGGCCUGAUAGGCUACAGCUCCGGCCACGUCGACACCUACAACAUGCAGUCGGGAUUAUAUCGAGGAUCAUACGGCAAACCUACAGCGCAUAGUUCCAGUGUUCGAGGUCUAGCUGUGGACGGCCUGAAUCAAGUCACAGUCACCGCCGGCGCAGACAAACUGGUCAAGUUUUGGAAGUUCAAGAAGAAAGAGUUCUUAUCUGAGAUAAAGAUGGAAGACCAGAUUUCUCAGGUUCUUGCACACAGAGAGAGCUCCAUGUUGGCUGUAGCCUUGGACGACUUUUCAGUCGCCCUUAUUGACAUCGACACCAGGAAUAGGGUGCGAGGAUUUAGCGGACAUAGUAACCGCAUCACUGAUAUGGCAUUUAGCCCAGAUUCAAGAUGGCUGAUUACAUCGUCCAUGGAUGCGACUGUCAGGACGUGGGAUGUCCCCACCGGGAGGUUAAUCGACUGUUUCAUGGUGGAUGCCGCUGUGACAAGUAUGGCCAUGUCCUCCUCUGGCGAAUUCCUUGCCACCACACACGUUGAUGACCUCGGCAUAUACUUGUGGUCAAACAACACUCUCUAUAGCCACGUUGCGCUACGACCUCUGCCGUCUGAUUAUGAACCAGAGGUCGUGACGAUGCCUACCACAAGACGGAAACAACAGAAGGUUGAAGGUGAGGAAGAUGGUGAUGAUGCAGAUGAAGAGGAAUUCUCAGACUUCAAAUCUCCAGAACAGAUAUCUGACGAGCUUGUCACGCUAUCUUUGCUACCAAAUUCAAGAUGGCAGAAUUUGCUCAACUUAGACGUGAUCAAGGCACGAAAUAAACCCAAAGAGCCUCCUAAGGUUCCAAAGGCUGCUCCAUUCUUCCUACCAACCAUAGCCGGACUGGAACCAAAGUUUGCCAAACCGGUCGAGACGACAGAUGAGACUCCGUCAAGAGUGUUACCGACCAACCUGAUGUCUUACACAGAUUUGGGAAAACUACUCCAUGGUGCUGACAAACCUGAGGAUUAUGAGGCAGUCUUGAAUAAGCUGAAGGAAUGUGGACCGUCCAUGAUCGAUAUGGAAAUACGCUCACUCUCCCCAGAAGGCGGCGGCUCGGUUCAUCUCAUGAGCCAGUUCAUGAAACUCAUUGAAUACGUUUUAUCAACAAACAAAAAUUUUGAGCUAGCACAAGCCUAUGUUGGAUUAUUCUUGAAGGUCCACACCGAACUGAUCGCAGCAGAGCCUGACCUACUUGAGAUGGCUCGGAAAUUGAGUGGAAGUCAGCUUUCCGCUUGGACGAAUCUACAAAACACGUUUAACCAGACAUUGUGCCUAAUAAACUAUCUGAAAAGUGCUACUGUAUGAUAGUGCACAGCUGCUUCAAAAACGGUCUGAAAAGUGCUUGUGUAGGAUAUUAUCAAGUGCUUCAUAAACUGUCUGAAAAGUGCUACUGAAUGAUAGUGUCAAGUGCUUGGGACGUUUUGAAUACUGCCUUUCGAAGAUGAUGCAAGACAUGUAAAUGACUUCGAUCAGUUUAACAAACACCUUCACAGAAUAGGCUUACAAGAAUCUGCUUAAUAUGACUGUUGAGCUGGAGCCCAAGCUCAUGUGCUUCAGCCCUGCUCCCUCAUAAAGGGAGGAAUACUGGCCAAAGGACACCACACUGACCACAAAGCUCUUGUGCUCAGUGGCGGAACUCUCUAGGACAGCAGACAGUGUUACCAAAAAUGGACGGACUGCCUGGGGUGCGUCUCAAUAAAGCCGGACACAGAAGAAGAAGAUCAAAUUUACACUCAAAAGCAAAGUUUACCUAAAAGUCACUUAUGAUUCUUUCACAUGGCAAAUAAUUUUACAAAUUGAUGACUGAAUGUAGCCUACUCUUCGGAAAUGGCAUUUGCACAAUUUAGAAGACAUGUUAGCUCUGUACAUACUGCUGGAUGUAAUUUUUGAAUGAGUUAUUGACCUUAUAUCAAUGCAGUCAGUUUGAUUUACACCAGAAAUAAAAUAU